GAUGCCGCCGCCGUUAAGGCCAUGGGGAGAGUUCUUCCCCGCCUGGAAAACACCGACCAAUUUCACCGACUUUUACAACAGACUAAACAGCAACCUAUAUUAUUACCAGACUAAUUAUCUGGCAUUCGGUGCUGCUGUUUACAUCAUUGCAGGGUUCAAGGAUCCGCUGGGAGUGGGCAACGGUGUUUUCACAAUGUUGUUUGUUGUUCUGCUCACACGUUGGCUCACAUGUUGGUUCUUAGUACUGCCAUUUAUUGCCAGAUGGAGGAGAAGGAAUCCCAUAACGUUUCUGAUCAUCGACAUUAUAGGCGCUCAUGGAGCGGCUCGUGAGCGUGUCGAUACCACGACAUUUUUGUCAGCAACCAUUAUAUUCCUGGCCGUGACUUUUUUACAUGCCUCCCUUUGCAACCGCAACAUGAACGAGGUGGCGUGCGUUAAAGAAGCUCAGGAUCUGAAGGGGACACCGAUGGGCUUUUUAUUAAGGGCUCGUGAGAGAGAAAGGGAAAAAAACAAAUAAAGGAGACAGAAUGAUUGAAAAACGCACUUUUUCCCCCCAGAAGAAACAAAAAUGCUUUCUCUGUGCUUACUAAUCUUUUUACAUUUUUUCUCUUGAUAUUAAGGAACUGACUGUAACUGACAAACAGCAUCUCUGCUGGUGAAUGUUUUCCACGGCUCUGAGGAGCGUCUCUGUCCUGCACUAAAUCAGUUAUGUGCACCACAGCUACAGGCUUCUUGGUUAAGAAAUCUACAUUAAUCUGUGCAUGUCGGUGCUUGUCGUGAGUAAUUUAAUGCAUAAAAGAAAUACAAUGAAGGCUAACCAAUUUUGACAUUAUAAUGUUCUUUAAUUCUGUUGAAACACUUUUAGAAAAUACUAACAUAAGAUUAGUAUAUUUUUAAAAAAUUCUAUCAAUAGCAACAGAAAACACUAAAAUGCCUCACUCUAUGCAGAUGAUAUUUUGGUUUACCUCUUUGAUCCCUCUGCCUUUUUCAAAGACUUAAUUUUUUUUGUUAAUUUCACGAAUGCUGACAAAUUGGCGGAAUUCCAUUCACACGGUCCACAAAUAUCAACUGUUCAACAAGUGUUUGUGAGGUGAAGUGCCACUAGAAGAAAUAAUGAAAUAAGAAAUAAUGUGAUCGUUGAAGGUUGAACGCAAGAACUGCUCACCACACUUUCUAACUCAACCUCAAAUCUUGUAAGGUGUGUCUCUGUCAGAUAUAUAGAGAUGAAAAGUUUUCCACAUAAUUUUAAAUUCAACCUAAUUGGAUGGAGACUUCCAGAUUAUCAGUUGGAUUCAGGUUUGGACUUUGCGCCAGCAUUAUAUCCCCAUAACCAUAUUUCAUCAUGGUGCAUUCAGGGUUACUGUUUUGAUUGUCUGUAACAUAUUCUCUUGUAUGCUGGCCAAAAUGUUUACUUUUGGUCCCAUCUGACCAAAGCACCAUCUUAUUUGCAUCAAGAGCAUUUGACCAGACCUUGACUUUUCCUGCCUCAUUCUCUGUUUUGAUGCUGUCUGUAACUAAUGUUACCAAUAAAAAACUCAACAGUGUCCUUUAAUAUGCUAUAAAGGUGAUGGGGAUGGAGCUAUUUUUCAGAAAAUAAACAAGAUCUUUUGUUUUUCUCUCCAAGAUCUGCUUUAACAUGUUUGUGUGCUCUUAAAACGGUAUGCUUCAUAAAUAAAGAACAUAAAAG